AGGGUGGGUAGGGAGGUGUGUAGAGUUUUAAAAGCUUCUACCACUAAGGGGAGCUGUAAAGUUCUGCUUAUACCACUAGGGUGAACCAGAGUUCAGCUAUUCGUCGAGAGUCUCAGCUCAAAGAUCUACCUAGAAAGAUCCGGCUUGCUUCUUACUAGAGAGACACGGAUUGUAAACAUGAAGGUGGAGAACUUUCAACACACCUGGCACUGAAGCCCUCGGUGAACCCGACUCACGAGCCCUCACCGCCGCACUCUGGAUCUCAUCCCCAAACUUCAACUUCGAACAGGAAACGCUCUGAGAGAUGGCUGAGGUGAUGAGUUCAUUGGAGCCAGGAAACGAGGACUUCAGCACUGGAGGAGGGCAGGAUCAGCUGGGGGCAAGCUCUGUCAAGAUGUUUCCAGGUCCUAAUGAGAGGGUCCCCAAGCUGUCCAAGAGACUUCCCUCCAUCGUGGUGGAGCCCAUGGACUCCUCGGAGGUGGAGAGCGGGGAGCUACGCUGGCCCCCCGUCGAAACACGCUCCCCGGAAACACAGGACCCCAGACACACGGUCCCACCCUCCGCCCAGACCCCUCCAGGCCAGACCCCUCCAGGCCAGACCCCUCCAGGCCAGACCCCUCCAGGCCAGACCCCUCCAGGCCAGACCCCAGGUGAAGCUGUGGUCGAGGGUCCAGAUCCACCCGGGGAAGACCAGCAGGAGACAGACUGAUCUCCUCAGACCGUGGAGCCCACCCGACCAUCAAACACAACGUGCACACACAAAGCUGUGUUGUAAACGGAUCAAAUACAUCCAUAAAACGCACUGUUAGGGCUAGGGGGAAAUGCACAGGCGAAGAAAGCUGUUCCUUCCUGGCAGACUCAUCGUGCACCACAUUUCCAUUAAUUACUAUUUUGAGUUUGAUGAGAAGUUUACUUAAAUAUGGCCAAACUUUCCCCAGUCUGGUGAUCUUGCGGUCGACAAACGCAUAAAUCUUGCUGUUUGUAGGAUCAUUUCGUCCGUAUGUGGUAACUUCACGGGGAAUCUGACCCUGGUCCCAGAAUCAUGUUCUCAUUACCUAUGUAUGGUCAGCAUUACCAUGACACUAUGCUGAUGACAGCAUCAUCGCCGUUACACCAGAGAGCCACUGGGGCCCUGAGUGGGUUAACCUAGGCUAACCCAACUGUGGUGCCCCAGGGUUACGGAUAACCUAGGCUAAACUUGCCUUAACCUUAGUCCCUCUCCCGUCUGCUGUCCACCAUGGGACCUGAUUUUGUUAAAAAUAUGUACGGUAAUCAAGGACAUAUAAUUUUUUAAUCCAGUUUGAAUUAUUAAUUACAAAUGAAAGUCGUCAAUGUUAAAGAGAAUUUUACAAGUCAUGAAAGUCGCAGGUUGUUGAAGAACAGUAAUGAUGCAGUGAGGUGGUGUGAGGCAGAUCAGUUGAUUGUGUCGCCGUACAAACACACCAAACAACAGCAUCUGGGAGCCAGCAGCGUUGAGAGAGAGAAAGUGAUGCUGUCACUUUCUCCCUCCGAUUUUGGGGUGUGAAGUCAUUCUAAAUAUGUAUUUUCACAGACUUAAACUUAGCAGCAAACUGCAAUUGUCUUGACUUGCACAACUCUUUUUUAGAUGGACAGACUUCAAGACUUCUUCAAGUGUAUUUCAUGGCACAAUUCCGCAGGGACACACAUUAUGACAUGGUGAGCUGAUGAAUCUAAUUCAGUGGUCACUCAUUGGUUAAUGUCAACCCUAUCUACCCCCCAUCCUCCCCCUCACUCCCAGUAGCCCCCCUCCCCACACGUGGUGACCGAGCCCAGUGAACGUCUGUGUUCCACCACAACAGCCAUGGGUGCCAAACGCAGGAGAUCUCCAAACCACAUGUGGUUUAGAAACCAUUUUCAACGUGUAAUAAAGAGAUGUUUUAAAGGGAUACUACACAGUUAUGAGGCUAUAAAUAUCUUGUCAGUGCAUUUCCGUACCAGUAUGUCUACAGUGUUAUAUGUAUUAUUGUCAAAGUGAAUGUAUUUAUUUGAGCUGUUUCUCGAAAUCUAUGAGCAAUAACUCUAGACAGAAUAGACGUAGAGUUGUAUUUCAAUGUAAAACCUUUGACAGAUAUUUGUAUUUAUUUAUU